AUGGACCCUGUGUUUGAACAUAGCGUGCUGAGCAGCAUGUCCAAAUUUCUCCGUGAGUACAAGCUGGUGGCGGUUGGAGGCGGUGGUGUAGGAAAGUCUGCAUUGACCAUCCAAUUCAUCCAAAAUCAUUUUGUGGACGAAUACGAUCCCACGAUUGAGGAUUCAUACCGCAAGCAGUGCGUAAUUGACGAGGAGGUCGCACUUCUCGAUGUGCUCGACACUGCGGGGCAGGAAGAAUACAGUGCUAUGCGCGAGCAAUAUAUGCGCACAGGAGAAGGGUUCCUUCUGGUGUACAGUAUAACGAGCCGGAACUCGUUCGAGGAGGUGGCUACAUUUUUUCGACAGGUGCUUCGCGUGAAGGACAAGGACUAUGUCCCUGUAGUCAUCGUUGCCAAUAAGUGCGACUUGGAAACGGAGCGCCAAGUGAGCACGAGUGAAGGGUACGAACUUGCCAAACAUUUCGGCUGUCCGUUUGUCGAAACGUCGGCAAAGCAGCGCGUGAAUGUGGACGAGGCAUUCAACGAUCUCGUGCGAGAGAUUCGGCUCUACAACAAGGGACAAGCACAAUGUCUGUUGGGAAAGGUUGCCGAUGCUGCGUGGUGA